GGCAUACGUGCGUCAUGCGUGGGGUUGGUCUUUCCCGAUAUCAUCCUACGGAGCUGUCAUGCCGAUAAGGACAACAGCAUGCAGCAUCCAACCAAUAACUAGCCCUCUUGCCUUCCAUCCUUGAAGCAAAGGCAAAGAAAGCAAAGAUGCCGUACAAACUCGCCAACAGAAACGUUCUCGUAACAGGUGGAACCCGAGGACUAGGCGAAAUAAUCUCUCUGAAAUUUGCGGCGGAGGGUUGCAAUGUUGCUAUUAAUUACGUUUCCAGUGGGGAGAAGGCGCAGGAGAUGAAGAAGAGGAUGGAGAGGGAGUGGGGGGUGAAGGUUGCUUGUUUGAUGGGUGUAGGCUUGCUUUCUUUAGGGUGUUGGAGAGGGAAGUGGAAUCAGAGAAGGCGACGUUUAGUAAUGUGAUAAAUCAGGCUAAUAAUGAGAUUGGUGAUAGGAUAUGAGUCAAGAAUCCGAUUGCAUUUCUGUUGUGAAGGAAACAAUCAAGGAGUUUGGAGGGUUGGACGUUAUCAUAUCAAAUGCUGGCUAUACACGGUUCUCGACCUUCUCCGAUCUCUCAGCUCCCACCACGGAUGAUUGGCAAAAAUGCUACGCUACGAAUGUGGUGGCUCAGUCUACCCUGUUGAGAGAGGCGUUACCUACCUUUGAGGCGAAUGAUGAGGGAGGAGUAUUCAUUAUGACGAGCAGUAUUGCAGGUGUCAUUGCUGGGGGCAGUUGCAUGCCAUAUUCCGUGACAAAGGCCGCACAAUUACAUUUGAUGAAAUGCUUGGCUGCUACCCAGGGGCCAAAAGUAAGAGUUAAUGCCGUUUUGCCAGGUUUGGUACUUACAGAAUGGGGAAGGCUAUACUCGGAGGAAGACCAGGAGAAAUUGAAGGAUAAAGCAUAUUUGAAACGGGUGACGGACAUCGAAGAUUGUGCUCAGGCAUUCGUGGAUAUCGCGAAGAACAGCAGCAUGACAGGGCAGAAAAUACAAGUUGAUUCUGGACUUGCACAGAAUGUGUGAGCCUCGUAAUCUCUUUUGGGAGUGAAGGAAUUGAGGCAGAGUAUGAAGUUACGCA